UCACUGCCUUGGCCGUACUACUGGUCGCAAACAAACUUGCGCUCAGUACAACCCUCAACACACGACUUGAGCCUGGCCUCUCCUUUCCUGAAUACCGCUAGGUUGAAUCGCGCUAACACCGUCCAUCUCCCCAACCACCACUAUGCCUCGCUUCAAGGAAACACCCCUCUUUGGCGGCGCGCUUGUAUGCGACCUGCCUGAUAACUUUGCCGAUGUGAGCAUGAUUCGGAAAGUCCCCGACAACCAAGAAGUCUACCUUGACAAAGAUGGCUUCACCUCCAUCAUCUUCGACAUCACCGAGCGCGUAGACGCCCCUGGCGACGAUCCACUCGAGCGCGAUGGUCGCGCCUUGACAAUCCACCUGGAAGAUCUUGUCGGCGAGGACGCGGACACGGUCAAAGUCUGGAACACGACCGAGACGCAGUUCUCGCAUCUCGACGAGAGCAUACCAGCCUACACACUCAUUGCAACCCAAACCCCACACAAACCCGCCGACGAUGAAGAGGGGUCUGCCUCACGCAGGUCAUCGGCGCCCGAUUUCACGGCGCUGAUACUCACGCUCGUGCGGCUCGAGAGGGAGCAGACGGACAUCCUCAUCACGAUCAACGUGCCGCACAUCAAGGGGGAGUAUGAUGAGGAAGAGGUGGACCUGGCGCUGGGUAAGCAGGGGGAGCUGAUCGGGGAUGCGGUCGAGUAUGCGGCCAAGAUAUGGGCCACGUUCGAGGUGCGGGAUUGGAAGUUGUUCAAUGAGGUGUAAACGCAUGAAGAGAGCGGCUGUGGUAGGUUUUGGUUUCGGGUGUUGCUUAGUACACUGGGCGGGCAUAUGGAUAACAGGUGGCUUUUUCAUGUAUGUGGGUUUGGUUGGGCACGAAACGCAGGGCAG